GUGGAGAGGGGGUCAGACAGUGAGAAAGAGAGAGAAAGGAAGAAAAGAAAAGUGAUAGGGUGGAAGAGAGGGAGAUAGAGAGACAGGGAAGGAAAAAGAGAGAGACAGAGUGGGAAAGAAAUAAGUAGAGAAGGUUCAGAAAUAGAGAGAAAGACAAAGCAUGGAGAACGAGAGGGAGAGAGUGAGAGAAACAGAGCAAGUGUGAGUGAGCGCAGAAGAGAGUGAGAGAGAGAGAAAGAUAGAAAGAGUGAAAGAGAGUGAGUGAGAGAGACGAAGAAAGAAAGAAAGACCGGGAGAGUAAGAAACAGAGAGAGAAGGGGGAGACGAAGGGAGGUAAAAACAAUGUAACAGAGAGGGGAAGAGAGAGAGGGUGAUCGAAAGAGCGUGGAAGUAGGAGUGAAAGGGAAAAACGGAAAAGAAAGAGCAGAGAGAAGGGGAGAUAAGAGAAGAGCAAGACAAUAAAGAGGGGAGAGGAAAAGAGAAAGUGAUAUAUGUAGAUAGAUAGAGAGAGGGGGCGGGAAAGGCGUGAGAAAGUGAAUGGGGGACGGAGGUCUAAACGUCAGUCAACCGCUCUAACCACUCCCACCGACUAAUUGCUUCCACCUCAUGUUUCAAAAGAACUUACACAGACUGGAAAGUAUUACGAAGGGGAAACUAAAACUUUGAGUUAUUUGGUAAUGUGCCGCUUCUACCAUCAAUGAUGUAUUGUUUGCUGCAAACCAAGCUUUAUCAUGCUGCAUUACCAUGAUACUCUGCACCAAAGUCUGCAACUGCACAUGUUCCUACAUUCAGACCAUUUCACAAGUUUCAUUAUGCACUAAAAAGAGAAAAAGCGAUGCUUUAAGAACAUGCAAAAACUGCAUUAAAACAACACAGAAGAUUCAUAACAAACUGCACCAUAAAUUCCAUGUCAAACAUCUUAUAAAAUUCGGUGGGAAUCUGGAUAAGAUUGGAUCAGUAACCCUGGAAAUAUAGACAAGCUUGCUUUAGAAAUAUCAGAGCAGUUUUGAACAGUUUUGUGAAAUAAUGAACUGCACAAAAAGUGCAAUUAUAGUAAAAGCGACACUGGAUCAGAGAUCCACAUCGAAAAAUGCAUUUGAAGAUGAAGUGCAUUCGAGUGCAGGUGAAGUUGUGGUAAUGGGCACGCAAAUGGCCUACAUAAAAGGUUUUGCCGCCGCUUUCUUCUACGGCUCCUGUUCGGUCCUGAUGGCUUUCCUCAACAAGAUCCUCAUGGACAUGUACGGCUUCCACUUCCCGAUGUGCAUCAUGGUGGUGCAGAUGUCUCUAACCGUGGUGAUAUUGUACGCGCUGCGCGCAACGCAGCUUAUCCUCAUCCCGCCGUACACCUUCAAAGACGGUCGCCUCUUCCUCCUGCCGGCUGCGUUCUACGCAGCUAACUCAGUGCUUGGUCUCUUCUCGCUCAGCCACAUGAACGUCGCAAUGUACGGUGUCCUCAAGCGCUGUGUGCCGCUCGCUACACUUAUCCUCUCCGUGGUUCUUUUACGCAAGAGCUGGCCAUCGUUUCUCACGCUCAUCUCCGUCAUCUUUCUCACGGUUGGCUGCAUCAUUGCAGGUGAGUACCUUUGCAACAUUUCCUCUCGUUCUUCUUGUCUUCUCUUUAUUAUUUUUUCCCUUCGUUUUCUUCCUUUUGUUCUUCACUUUCUUGUUGUCAUUCUUUCUUCUUCACUUUUCUUCAUCACUUCCUUAUCCAACUACUUCACC